CCAGAUUAUAUCUUUUACAUAUAUUCUUUUUUUUUACAUAUAUUCUUAUGUAAAAUAAACUACAUUCUUUUCUUAGUGCUUCGUGAAUUAUUAUUCUUACUUCUCUUGAGAUUGUUUAAACUAAAUAUCAUAAUCAAAAUAACCAAUUCGUUGUGCUAAUAUUAUAUAAUAAUGACGUCACUGAUAAGUUACUAGCUAUCAUGAUCGAUACUUGUACUAUCCUAGUAACAUGUCUCGACCAAAACUAAUGGUUCAUAAAGACUAAUCACAAUCCAAAAUCCAAACAACUAAAAUUAAUUAUUUUAUAGCAAUAUAUAUAGAUCAGCAGCUGCAGAAUUAGGAUUUUACAAUGAUCCACGUAUAGCUGUCCAAAAGGAUCAAAUGUCUGGAUCAAAGGGCUGUAGUGUAUUCCAAAGGGUAAACAGGACUGGAGAAAAGUGUCACACGAACUCUUGGCCUUGGAAAGAUCCAGAGAAAAGCAAAAGCUCUCGAGAAAGUAGCACUAAAAAUUGUGGUUGAGACAAAAACCCCAUCAUCUUCAACGCUCAAAUGAUUCUAAGACAAUUGUGUUUUCUAUUUUCACUAUUUUGUUUGUUAACUGAAGUUAUUAUAAUUGUGCAGUCAAUGACUAGCGUGACGACAACGCUGAAGUUCCACCAUCUCAUAUGCCGAUAAUAUCGCUGACUAAAUAUCCGGUUCUUUUAUGAUUUAAUUCAAACUUGAAUUACGGGUUUUAUUAUUUUAUCUCGUCGUCAUAUAUUUGGAUAGUUGAAUACUUUAUACGUUCACCAGUUGAUACGACUCAACGAAAUAGAUAUUUUUUUUUUACUUUUUUGGUCUAAAUGUUAAGCGAAGUAGAUAGUUAAAGAUGAAAUUUAGGAGAUAGUUCUUCGUUUAAAUGUAUCGUUAGUUUUAAACUUAGAAUGAUAAUGCAUAACAUCCGUUUUCAAGAGUUAAUGGCUCGUUUUAACCUUUCAAUAUAUAUCGUUAAACUAUCCAAUAUCCAUUAAUCGAAGUUAUUUUUUGACCAAAAAAAAAAACUAUCCAUUAAUCGUAGUUAUUUUUAAUAAAGCAAUCGCGAUGGUAUUCGUAUUGUUUAAAUAAAGCAGAGAUAGGAUCAUAACUCAUGAGCAAAUUAAAUAAUAGGCAUGUGGCUGUGAUGUGUGAAACAAGUCAAUGAAUCUCUAGUCAUGCUAAUUACAAUUUAAGAAUUCAUGAUAUAUAUAAAGUGGGUUGGCUAAAUUAUAAUGCGAUAGAAAGAAUGAUCAUGAAUGAAUCAUGAUGCAUUAGAUACUGCUUGUUCCUUUAGUGUGAAGCAUAGAUAGGGCCAGUGACCACCGCACUCCAGUGGCAUGAAGCACAUUAGUUGUCAAACGUUGUCGCAUAAAACCAUCAUAAAGUGAAAUUCAAACUCAAUUGUAUGCGUGAACCUAUAUGCAAUUAUGCAUGAUCUUGGUAACAAUAGGAUCGAUCGUGUCAAAUGUUUGGAGGAUGUCUUAAAGUAAUGGACAUAGAAUAAAGAAUGGCAUGGGCCUCUAACCAAUACAUGUUACUAUUAAUAAUUAGGUUUCUAACUGAUAAAGAGUAUUAGAUUAACACGUGAAAUGGAUGAUAUAAACCCUAAUUAAGAUCUUAAACAACUUGAUCAAUCUUUCUUGGAGUUUAUCAUGAUUAUAGUUUUUAAAAAAAAAUAUUGUUGAAAUUUAGCGAUCAUUUGUGUUGUUUUUGUUUGGACACCAAGAACGGUGAACUACCAGCUUUUUAUAGUCUUAUAAUAUUCUUUUUAUUUAAUAGAAAGACGAUAAUUUUGGAAGGAAUAAUAAUAGACAACUAAGAUUAGUACUUUUUAACUAAAGUAUAAUGAGACAAAAACACAUGGUCUACAAAUAAUUCUCAACACAUGAAAUCCAAAAUUGAAGUCAUGAAACCAAUUUAAUUUGAGCUACUACUAAAUUGACUAAGUUUAAUAAUAAAAAAUGGUGAAUUACUUUCUUGUUGUAAGGAUUUGAUUUUACUAAAAAAACAAAACGGAAUAUAUUAACACCGUUAAGCAGCCCCUUCCCUCCGUCAGAUUCGGUUAGAUAAAUGGAUUCUAAAACCCGGUUCAGACGCUAACGCUCACGGUUAACUAAUUUUACACAUUUAAAUCCGGCGGAUUUAAAUUUUACAAAAAAAAAACGAAAUAUAUUUAACACCGUUAAGCAGUCGCUUCCCUCCGUGAGAUUCGGUUAGAUAAUAGAUCCUAAAACCCGGUUCAUACGCUAACGUUCGACUUAACCACGGUUAACUAAUUUUACACAUUUUAACUCCGGUUCGCUGGUUUAUUCCAAUUCUAUCGUUCGUUAGAGAGAGAGAGGGACAGAUCUGUGAAGUUGAGAUCUUUCUUUUCACUUUUCUUCGUUGUCUCUCUAUGUCUACACGCUUGUGCUGUGUUCUGUGUGCCCACUUUCUCUCCCUCUCUCUCUCUUCGCACCAUAACCUUUUUCAUCUUUACCAGAGAAGAAGCUAAAACUUCCAAGAUAGAAACCACAUCCUAAAAGCUUCCCGUGUCUAAAACUUGCUUUCUAUUUCUGGGCAUUGAUCUAAAUCAUCAACAAGCUAAAUAAAAAAACAAACCUUUUUUUUUUUCAUUUCCCCUGUUUUUUUCUCAACUACUCGAGAAACAGUUUUGUUUACGUUUCAAUGGUGGUGAAGAUGAUGAAGUGGCGGCCAUGGCCGCCGCUGGUGACGAGGAAAUACGAGGUGAAGCUAUCCGUGAAGAGAUUGGAAGGGUGGGAUCUGGCGAGGGAGCCGGAGAAUGAGAGAUUGACGGUGGAGAUUCGGUGGAAAGGGCCCAAGGCGACGUUGGGGUCUCUGAGGAGGCCGUCUGUGAAAAGGGACUUCACAAAGGAAGCUGCGGCAGAAAGCGACGUCGUUUCGUGGGAAGAGGGAGAGUUUCAGAGCGUGUGCUCUCUCACUUCUUACAAGGAGGACGACACUCUGUUUUAUCCUUGGGAGAUUGCUUUCUCUCUCUUCACCAAUGGAAUGAAGCAAGGGCAAAAGAACAAAGCUCCUCUCGUUGGAACUGCAUCUCUGAAUCUUUCUGAAUACGCACGUGUAACCGAUCAAAGAGAGUUUGAAAUAAACAUCCCUCUCACCCUCUCUGCUUGUAUAGCCUCCGAGCCGCAUCCUUUACUCUGUGUAUCACUGAGCCUGUUUGAGCUCAGAACCACACCAGAAACCUCAGACUCACAAACAGCUGUUGUCCCUGUCCCAUCUCCACCUCCACCUCACCAAACCGAGAAGGAAGACGUGUCCGCAAUCAAAGCCGGUCUAAGAAAAGUCAAGAUCUUCGUUUCCACAAGGAAAGCCAAGAAGGCUUGCCACCGCGAGGAGGCAGAAGAAGGCAGAUUCUCGAGCUUCGAAUCCUCCGAAUCCCUUGACCUCUCCGAGGAAGCUUCCGAUGAAUGCAAAGAGGAUCUGAUGAGUGUGAGAAAGUCUUUCUCAUACGGACCAUUGUCUUACGCAAACGGUGUUGGAAGCUCGUUUAACCGCGGCAAGAAAGUGAGCGAAGAAGACGAAGAUUGGGUUUAUUACAGCCACAGGAAGUCUGACGUGGGAGGAGGAGGAGGAGGAGGAGGUUGCUGCUCGGACGUUGAAGAUGCGUCUGCUGGUUUGGUGUAUGAGACAUCAUCAUCAUCGCUUCUUCAGCGUCGUAGCAUAUUGCCGUGGAGGAAGAGGAAGCUGAGCUUUAGGUCUCCGAAGGCCAAAGGAGAGCCUUUGUUGAAGAAAGAUAACGGUGAAGAAGGUGGAGAUGACAUUGAUUAUGACCGGAGGCAACUUAGCUCAGAUGAAGCUCUUGUGAGGAGCAAAACAGAUGAAGAUUCUUCAUCAGCUAAUCCUCAACAGUCCUCUUUCUUGGAGUUUGGAGACGACAGUUUCGCUAUUGGAAGCUGGGAAGAGAAAGAAGUGGUGAGCAGAGACGGACACAUGAAGCUUCAGACAAGCGUCUUUCUUGCUUCCAUCGACCAGAGAAGCGAGCGUGCUGCUGGCGAGAGUGCAUGCACCGCUCUCGUAGCUGUUAUCGCAGACUGGUUCCAGAAGAACGGUAACCUCAUGCCUAUCAAGUCUCAGUUCGAUAGUUUGAUCAGAGAAGGCUCGUUAGAGUGGAGAAACCUCUGCGAGAACGAGACCUACAUGCAGCAGUUCCCCGACAAGCAUUUUGAUCUCGACACUGUGUUACAAGCAAAGAUCAGGUCGUUAACUGUUGUCCCAGGGAAGUCUUUUGUCGGUUUUUUCCAUCCAGAAGGGAUGGUAAACGAGGGAAGCUUCGAGUUUCUGCAAGGUGCAAUGUCUUUCGAUAGUAUAUGGGACGAGAUUGAUGAUGAUGAUGGUGGUAAUGACUCGCCUCCGCGUGUGUACAUUGUGAGCUGGAACGAUCACUUCUUUGUACUCAAAGUUGAAAACGAAGCUUACUACAUCAUUGACACGCUUGGAGAGAGGCUAUACGAGGGUUGUGAUCAAGCUUACAUUUUGAAGUUCGAUGAUAAGACAGUCAUCCACAAGAAUCUUCAAGAAGAGGAAUCAGAGUCUGUGUCUGAACCUGAGGUUGUGUGCAGUGGGAAGGAGUCAUGUAAAGAGUAUAUUAAGAGCUUCUUGGCGGCGAUACCGAUAAGAGAGUUGCAAGAGGAUAUCAAGAAAGGACUAGCUUCGACUGCUCCUGUUCAUCAACGCUUACAGAUCGAGUUUCAUUACACGAAGAUGAGUACAAGCACAGAUGUCGUCGCUGUCUGAACAGUUCGGCAGAGAGUAUGCUAACGUUUUUGAGGGCUCUUGUUAGUUUUGUAAGCUUUUAACUAACUUGUGAAUGUAAGAGUUGACUUUAGUAUAUCUUUUAUUCAGACAUGAUCUUGUUCACU